AUGAUCGUAAUCGCUGUAGUGGGGCAGCCCCCUCAGGUGUGUGGACAUAUAUGCAAGUGUUUCAGUGUAGCAGCUCAAUUUGAGGAGUGCAGAGAGAAGAUUAUAGAGAUGCCAACCAUCAUUAAAGAUAUAUGUAGAGUAUUCUAUUAUGGCAAGAAAGUCCAGAGACUGGCUUCACUGGCCGUGGAAUGUGUCAGCUCCUUUGCAGUUGAUUUCUUUCUGCAAACACAUUUGUUCCAUGCAGGGAUUUUGUGGCACCUGCUUAUUUAUCCUUUCAACUAUGACUUUACGUUGGAGGAAAGUGGUAUUCAGAAGAAUGAAGACACAAAUCAACAGGAAGUUGCCAACAGUCUUGCCAAGCUCAGCCUUCUUGCUUUAAGCCGAUUAGGGGGAUAUUUAAUAGGCGAUCAAGUAACCCCUGAAAAUCCGUCUGUACGGAAAAGCUUGGUGGGGAUGCUUACUCCUUAUGUUGCCAGGAAACUCUCGGUGUCAUCUCCAGAAGAGAUCCUCAAAAUGUUGAACUGUAACACAGAAAGCCCCUACUUGAUAUGGAACAAUGGUACCAGAGCUGAGCUUUUGGAAUUUCUUGAAUCUGAACAAGAAAGCAUGACAAGACGAGGGGAAUGUGAUAAAAGCUAUGGAGCGGAUUUUGUGUUCAGUGAUCACGCCAAGGAGCUCAUUGUGGGGGAGAUUUUUGUACGAGUGUAUAAUGAACAGCCCACAUUCCAGCUUGAGGUCAGUGCCCACUGUUCAUUUUAG